AUGGCCGGGGGGAGGAGCGGCCACGGGGAAAAUGCUCUGGCUGCGGCAGGUCGCCACGUGGCGGGAGUGGGGAAGCACGUGGAAGGCGCGUGCCGAGCCAUGUGGGUGGAAGUGUCCAAUCACGGGCAGAAGCGCGAGUACCAACUUGUGGGGGGCGGCGGCGGUUUGAUUGAGGGGCAAAUCGUACCAGACACGCGCUCCAUCCCCGAUCGCCUCAUAGCCGCCUUCAAGGACAAGUUCUUCCCCAUGGGUUAUCCUGACAGCGUGGCAGAGGGCUACAUGCUGUUCUCGCAGUACAGGGGCAUUCAGCACAUUGCUGUGGCUGCUCUCAACGUGCUCUCCACUCAGGUGAGCGGCAGUCCGACACGACAUCCACACCGCAUUCCACCGCCCCCAUUCCACCCCAGCCCUCCUCCCACCACACACCAGUCCCUCUUCUUUGCAGCCGGGCUGCGUCCCACGCCAGCGCAUGCCACAACCGUGAGCUGGGUGGUGAAGGACGGGAUGCAGCGAAGCUCUGGGAUCAUUGUCGCACGGGACCCAUGUGACCUCCCUUUCAAUCCCCAUACCCCCCUCCCUCCCUCCCACCACACAUCAGUCCCUCUUAUUCGCAGCCUGUCUCCGCCCCACGCCAGCGCAGGCCACCAUAGUGAGCUGGGUGGUGAAGGACGGGAUGCAGCGCUGCACUGGGAGCACAACCAAACCUCCCUCUCUCCCCUUUCUUUUCUCCCUCCCACACACCAGUCUCUCCUCUUUGCAGCAGGCCUGCGUCCCACGCCAGCACAGACCACCAUAUUGAGCUGGGUGUCGCUGCUCUUUGCGGCAGGCCUGCGCCCCACGCCAGCACAGGCGACCAUAGUGAGCUGGGUGGUGAAGGACGGCAUGCAGCAUGCCAGCAAGAUCGCAGCCAGUCGUCUCGGGCGCAGCAUGGACGCCGAUCCCAAGCGCUGGCGCGUGGCCGCUGACGUCGUAUGCGAUGUGGGGGCGUUUCUGGAGUGCCUCUCCCCGCUCAUGCCCCACCGCUUUUUGUUGCUCGCCGGGCUUGCCAACGCGGGGAAGGUGAGUGAUAGAGGCCGUGUGUUGAUGGAUUCAAUGCUCAAUGGGAUGCUCUCUUAG